GUCACGUUUUGGAAGAAGUGGAAACCAGACGGAGAGGAGCACAAGUCAGCGCUGGGCAAGCUCAAGUUCGCCAAGGCGCAGGCCCUGUCCGCCAGGAGUUUGGAGCAGCAAGCUCAGUCGCUGUCAGAUCAGUUGCAGGCCGCGCGCCAGAAGCUCACGGCCCAGAAGAAAGAAGCGACAGAGCUGGUGCACACCAUCGUCGAGGCCAGCGAACACCACGGCAAGCUGGUCGAGGAGAUUGAGAUCAACACCAAAGAAGUGCAGUCCCUGGAGUCUCAGCUCAACCUGGCCAGCCAGGCAGCAGCGUACGAGGCAUCCAGGGAUGAGGACUUGCUCACCACUCUCCAAGUAUCGGAGCUGGCGCAGCUGUUCGGCAACAUGCAGCACAAGCACACCACGUAUGUGGAGACCCAGGCGAAGGGCGAUGGCAAGGGCAAAGGGUCUCAACCAGCACAGGAACCAGACGGCUUCCCCGCAGUUGGCGAACGAGCUGAUGGGCCAGAAGCGCCCCAGCCCAUUCCAGGCCACCAUGUACCGACGCCAAUGGACGACAAGGAGCUGGAGUACGCCCCGCUCGCCGACGCCGCCGAAGCGACCCCGAUGGACCAGUCGCAGGGCCGUGCGCGGGCUGCUGCGGCACUGGAGCAGGUCGCCAACGGCAUGGCCAAGAUCCAGGGUGGCGGCGGCCCCGAGGCCAAGAAGGCCAGGGCGGCUGCAGCGGCCGCAGUGGUCGCAAGUGAG